AUGUAAUAAUAAAUAAGCUAUUAUAGAGAAUUGUAAGAUUUUAUUUCUUAGAAUAAUAGCAAUGAAAAAGCAAUCAACUUAAACUUAAAAUUUAAAAACAUAAAUGAUGAAAGUAUUGAAAAGUUAAGCUCAACUUUGAAAUAAAAUCUAUAACUAACUACUUUAAUAUUAGAUCUUUAGUAAAAAACAACAAUUUAUUUUAUCAAAACAAAAUAAAUUAAUUAAUUUUUAAUAAUAUUUUUACUCGAAAAAAUCUUUUAUGUUUUUUAAAUAAUUUGUUUUAAUUUAAAUUAGUUAAAAAAAAAAUUUUUUUAAUAUCUGUAGCAAGCAAACAAACAAACACCUUAUGAAUUUUUUAAAAGCAAUUAUUUAAAACUAACACCUGAUUUAUUAAUAAAAAAUAAAUUUAAAAAGAAAUAUUGA